AGGCGAACAAAAUUUGCCCCAAAUCAAUCGCCACCCUCGGGCCAAGAAAAUCACAGCCGUCCACUCGUCGUCCAAUUCUCUUGGUUCUCUCUUAGCCCCGUGAAUCCCCCUGACGGCGGCUUCGCCAUCCCAAUCUUUCCCUCUCUUCUUCUUCUUUACGCAGACGCCGCCGAAGAGCCGACACCCACCGCCUCCGCGUGCGGCGGAAGAAGGAGAAGCAGAGAUAUAGCACCGAGCUUCCAUGGAUUCAGAUCAAGGGAAGCUUUUUAUUGGUGGGAUUUCUUGGGAAACCAAUGAAGACAAGCUCAAGGAUUACUUUCAGAGAUAUGGUCAGGUGAUUCAGGCUGUGGUCAUGAGAGAAAAGGUUUCUGGGAAGCCCAGAGGCUUUGGGUUUGUGGAUUUCGCAGAUCCCAGCGUUCUUGACUCCGUUCUCCAGGAUAAGCACACCAUCGAUGGCCGUACUGUGGAGGCCAAACGGGCCUUACCGAGAGAGGAACAGCAGAUCUCUAAAGCAGGAAAUGGCAACCACAAUGGUGGUGGUUUUGGAGGAGGAGGAGGUGGUGGUGGUGGCAAUAACCGGACCAAGAAAAUAUUUGUUGGGGGAUUACCGCCAGCCCUAACGGAGGAGGAGUUUCGCCGCUACUUUGAAUCAUACGGAAACGUGACUGAUGUGGUUGUCAUGUUUGAUCAGCAAACAACACGACCUCGUGGCUUUGGUUUCAUCACAUUUGAUUCUGAAGAUGCCGUAGACCGUGUUUUACAUAAGACCUUCCAUGAUUUAAGCGGGAAGCAAGUUGAAGUCAAGCGCGCUUUUCCCAAGGACGCUAGCAACCCUAACUCUGGGACCCGUUCUGCGGGUGGUAACUAUCACGGGUACAGUGGUAAUAAAUCUGAUUCCAACAGGUUCAUGCCAUCACAAAACACUGGAGGAGGAGGUGGAGUAGGGUAUCCCCACGCCCCUUAUGGCUCAUCUGGUUAUGGAUAUCAUCAGAACGGCGUCAUGGGUUAUGGUGGAUAUGGAGGUUUUGGUGGCACCAACUCUUUCUAUGGCGGUGAACUCACUGGUUCUGGCUAUGGGAACCCAAACGCGCCCGGUAGUGGACCAAGAAGCCCGUGGGGCUCUCAGGGCCCCACUGGGUAUGGGAGUAUUGGCUAUGGGAACUCACCAUAUGGUGGUGGAGGAGGAGGAGCUGCUACAGGUCCAUCACCCUCCGGGAUGGUGGGGUACAUGAACCAAGGCUAUGGUAGUUAUGGUGGGUUUGUAGGAAAUGCAGGACGUGCUGCUGGUGCUCCGAGAAUGAAUUCGCCUGCUGCUGGCGGCGUUGGUGCCGGAGAGAUGCAAGGAAGUGGUGGAGGUUACGGUGGUGGGUAUAACACCGCUGGCGGGAGUUAUGGAUAUGGAAGUGCACCGGCCUAUCCAUCUAGCAACUACGGGUCCAAUGGGACCCACGGAAGCCGGGUAGGGUACGAGAGCAACUACAGUGGCAUGCCUGGUCGGCAUUCUUGAAUGUGGGACCGCGUGCUCGGUAAGAAUAUAACUAAGCUGUACUACUAGAGCUUUUUUUCGUUUGCAUUAUUACCCUUUAUUUUCUGCACUAGUUCUUAUUUUUUUGCCUCGUGUUUUUAGUUUCUAUUCACCAUAUGAGUCUAUUUUUCUUCUUCUUCUUCUUUGUCUUCCAAUGUUGAACUUUCUGUAUUCUCUAUUCUCUAUUGUGAUGAGUCUUUUGGUAAUGAAUUUCGGUUACUUUUCGCACGGCCUUAUUGGCUACGAUGUUGUUGUCGAGCAUCACAUGCGUAAUGCAAAUGAGACUUUACUGUUG